CGCUGGCACGCAAAAGGCGUUCAUCAUGUUGAUUCUAUCGAAUGUGGAGCGGUUUGGACUCUUCCUUCGGGACUAGUUUCUGGGUAAUUGUCUUCAGAGGGCUUAGGAGCAUACCAUUGAGUUUUCUUUCGCUUUGAAUCUUUUGUUUCAAUCAUCUGGGAGGCAGAAAAACGGCGGGAUCAUGCCGGUUCGUAAGGAAGAUGCUAGCAAGGCCCUCGAGCUUUUGGAGCGUUACUACGAGAAGUUAAACAAGCCACAGGAUAGAGCGCUUCGCAUGGCUAUUGAGAGAGUAAUUCGGAUAUUUCAGAGUCAUCUGUUUCUAGCUCUACUAGAUAUACAAGAGUUUUAUGAAACCACAUUGUUAGAAGACACCAAAACACCCGAACAAAAAGCUGAAGAAACUCAUGAAGCCUUACGAAGUUGGCAGAGUCAUCCUGCCCCUGUGGAAUCGCCUCCAAGCUAUCAGGAUUUCGAAAAGGGAGGUGUAAAUGGAGAAACAGUCCCCCCUCCAGUUGUUACACAAAGUAUUGUCCAGAGUGUUCAACAAGACAGCUUUGUAGAGAAAUCAACUGCUGAAUCUUCACAUGCUGAUAGUGUAUUGGAAAAUGGUUAUGUUGACUCAGGGGAUUAUGAAUACGUAGACAUCAUUUUAGAAAGGGGUACAACAGGUCUUGGGUUUAGUAUUGGUGGAGGAAAAGAUAACCCACAUAUUGAUGACGACUUUGGUAUUUACAUCACAAGGAUCAUCAAGGGAGGUGCUGCUUCACAGGACGGGAGGCUGAAUGUUGGAGACUGUAUAGUGAAGGUGAACAAUACAUCAACAGUUGAUGUGUCUCAUCAGCAAGCUGUGGAAGCCUUGAAAGCUGCUGGUGGGACUGUGACACUGACCUUAAAGAGAGAGCAAUCUGCUAAACCACUAUCUGGAAAUAAGCAAACUGAAGAAAUAGUGUUGACAAAAGGAACCAAGGGUCUUGGUUUUAGUAUCGCAGGGGGCAAAGGAAAUCAACAUGUACCGAAUGACGAUGGAAUUUACAUCACCAAGAUAAUUGAUGGAGGGGCGGCACAGCAAGAUGGAAGACUACAAGUAGGAGACAAGAUAGUUAGGGUAAAUGACACAUCCCUGGAAGAUGUUGCACAUGAAGAUGCUGUGGCCACAUUGAAGAAGACACAAAAUAAAGUUGUUAUUGUUGUAUCCAGAGUAGGCAUGGUGCAUACAACUGAUUCAGGGACCCCUCCCCCAGUUUAUCAUGAAGCUGUCAAUUUAAGUCAACCGCCCCCACCAUCCCCCCCACAGGAAGAAAAAGCCACAGACAGCAUACUGCCAUUAGUAGUGCCGAUUCAAGAAAGUGCUCUACCUAAUGAACAUACUAACAGUUUAAAAAAACCACAAGCUCCAUCAGUGCCAGAGGAUGAUGGUUUUACAAGAGAGCCAAGAAAGGUCGUGUUGAGCAAGGGACCCACAGGCCUGGGAUUUAACAUUGUGGGCGGUGAAGAUGGUGAAGGGAUUUUUAUCUCUUUUAUUCUUGCUGGUGGUGUGGCUGAUCUCAGUGGAGACCUGAGAAGAGGCGAUCAAAUCCUCUCGGUAAAUGACACAGAUUUGGAGGACGCCACACACGAGAAAGCGGCCGCUGCACUGAAGGGCGCUGGGAACACUGUGGUGAUAGUGGCUCAGUAUAAACCAGAAGAGUACAAUCAGUUUGAAGCGAAAAUUCACGAUAUUCGUGAGAAAAUGAUGAGCAGUGGAAGUCCGGGAACUCUGAGAACGUCUGUGAAGCGUCAGCUGUAUGUUAGGGCUCUGUUUGACUACGACAAAACAAAGGACAGCGGUCUUCCCAGUCAGGGCCUGAGUUUCAAGUACGGCGACAUUCUUCACGUGACCAAUGCUAGUGAUGACGAGUGGUGGCAGGCCAGACGACUGAAUGCUCUGGGGGAGGAGGAAGGGAGAGGUGUCAUCCCCAGUAAGAGGAGAGUCGAAAGAAGAGAAAAAUCGAGAAUGAAAACGGUGAAAUUCUCAAGAAAUAGCGAGGAAAAUAAAACAAGGACAUCGUUUAAUGAAGGAACAGGGGGUCGCAAGCGAAGCUUCAAAUUUUCGAAGAAGCUACCAUUCUUCAAGAAAGAAUCCGAGAACGAGACGACAAGUGACGUAGAACCAAGUUAUACUUCCAACGCUAGCGAUAGUGAAAGCAGUUACAGUGCACGAGCAGAGGACAACAUUCUAUCGUACGAAGCUGUGGUCCAACACGAACUACAAUACACACGGCCCGUGAUAGUCCUAGGACCGCUCAAGGACAGAAUCAAUGAUGACCUCAUCUCGGAAUUCCCGGAUAAAUUUGGCAGCUGUGUACCCCACACGACACGUGAGAGGCGUGACUAUGAGGUGGAUGGGCGGGAUUAUCAUUUUGUAGAGUCACGCGAGGAGAUGGAGCGAUCAAUUCAGAACCACAUGUUCAUCGAAGCCGGUCAAUACAACGAUAAUCUGUAUGGUACCAGUGUGCAGUCAGUCAAAGAAGUCGCCGAAAAGCAUAAACAUUGUAUUUUGGACGUUAGCGGUUAUGCCAUUAAGCGUCUCCAAGUUGCAACACUUUAUCCGAUCGCCAUCUUUUUGAAACCAAAAUCUGUGGACUCCAUCCGGGAACUCAAUAAACGACUAACGGAGGAGCAGGCGCAGAAGACAUUUGACAGGGCCCUUAAACUGGAACAAGAGUUUGGAGAAUAUUUUACUGCGGUAGCCCAAGGUGAUACCUAUGAUGAAAUCUACACCAAAUGUAAGGAAAUUAUACGUCAGCAGUCAGGGCCAGUUAUAUGGAUCCCUUCCAAAGAAAAACUCUGAGUAGUACCGUAGUCCACACUCAAUUGAGUCAGCAGAUCAUCCUCCAGACAUGCCCAUCCGUUGUCCAGUGUUUCCUUCGUUAUGUAUGGCGUCACGAUGGCGCUUCAUUGCUUUUGCGGGAAAAGAUUAAUUUGGCGAAGCCAGGGUUGAAGUGACUUUGUGACUUUGAAGAUAGCAUGUGUAUAUUCAGUUGUCUGAAAUUCAUUGCCCAGCUCACAGUUUUGAUUGCCAAUGCCUUUGCUCGUAAGAAUCGGGACGUUGUUUCGACGUUUUGCUCUGCGAAAGUUAGUGCGCAAUAUCGUGUUUAUUCAUAUAUUUGUCACGGACGGUACUCUCUUGUUACUUUCACGACUUCCUCUAUAUAUAGCUCUAAUUUACAAUGUCACGCACACAUAAUAAAAAAGCGUGACAAUUGUCUUCCCAGCGCAAAGUUGAAAUAACGGCUCUAGUUUUAUCCAAAGGCUAAUAGUUUAUUAUACUCGUUUAAAAUGUCUCUCAAAAGUAACAAGUGACUGUUUUACUAGUCGCCAGACUCGAGCUCUAAUCACCUCUCUAAUUUUUAUAUCACGGCAGUAGUUAGAUCGCGGCUGCCAUUCGGGCUUCGUAAUCCAAUAUUUCGUGACUUUUGUUACCUUUACGCAUUGUCCUUCGAAUCGAGUUAUUCUGAAUGUAGCCCUCUAACCUCAUGAUAAUGUUUAGAGCGGUUUUCAGGGUAACUGUCAAUCUUAUCAAAGCAAACAAUUCAUGGACCAAUGAAAAUUCAGAUCAGAAUCAUGUGAUGACGGAGCCAGAAAUGUAUAGCAAAAAACUCGAAUUAAGGAUUCAUUUAAACGUUUCAUUGGAAAUCGCUCUAACUUGUGAAGUAGUUAUCUUUGUGUCUUUCCUAAAUUUAACAGAAGUAUUGUAAGAAAAAGAUAUAAUUUUAAUCUGUGUUGAAUGGUUUGUCAAGGCCGAAAAAUUGAAAUGUUUGUCAGCUUACUGGGCCGUAAGACCAUGAACGGAGAAUCAUUUGGGUUAUUAAAAGAAAUAGACAAUGUUA